GUUGUGAAAGGGAUUGUUUCAGAAACAGCUGGACAGCAUUUGGACUGCAAGGACCCAAGCAGCUAUCAUGGGGGAGAUCUACAUCAGACAUAUAGAGCUGCUGGGCUAUGAGAAGAGAUUUUUCCCAAACCAGCACUAUGUCUACAUGUUUCUGGUGAAAUGGCAGGAUCUCACUGAGAAGGUUGUGUAUCGGAAGUUCACAGAGAUCUACGAGUUCCACAAAGGGUUGAAGGAGAUGUUUCCUAUUGAAUCUGGGGACAUCAAUAUCGAGAACAGGAUCAUUCCUCACUUGCCAGCACCCAGGUGGUUCAACAGCCAACGAUCCACCCAAAACCUGCAAGGCACCCUGUCCGAGUACUCCUCUGCCCUGAUCAACCUGCCCCGCAAGAUCUCCCGAUGUGAAUACGUCCUGGACUUCUUCAAAGUCCGACCUGAUGAUCUGAAUCCACCUACGGCGAGCCACAUCAAGAAACCGGAAACCUUUUUAAUGCCGAAAGAUUCUAUGAAGAUCGCAGCAGACAUCACAGGACCCAUUGUCCUACAGACGUAUCGGGCGAUCGGCGAUUAUGAGAAGAGCUCCAGGACUGAGAUGGGGGUCAAGAUGGGGGACAUGGUCGACAUCGUGGAGAAAAGUGAAAGCGGCUGGUGGUUUUGUCAGCUAAAGAACAAACAGGGUUGGGUCCCAGCUGCCUACCUCGAACCCAUGGAUGGCCCAGAUGAGUCCGAUGAACAGGACCCCAACUAUGCAGGUGAGCUCCACGUUGUCCGGAAAGGCUACAGGGCUGCCCAGGAGGAUGAAAUCACACUGAAGGAAGGGGAAACUAUUGAAGUUAUCCAUAAAUUGCUGGAUGGAUGGUGGGUUGUCAGGAAAGAUGAAACCACUGGCUAUUACCCGUCUAUGUAUCUGCAGAAAUCAGGCGAAUUGAACAGCUCUGAAAAAAAUCAGUUGAGGAAUAAGGGAGCCCCACCUCGAAGAUCCUCCAUCCAAAAUAUCAAGAGCAUUCACAACCAGAGCCGCAAGCAGAUCAGCCAGGAGACGUAUCGGCGCAACAGUGUGAAAUACGUACAGAGCCGAAAGAAGAUGAAGCACCAGCUCUUCAACAAAGGCAGCACGAUCACGGAGAAGGAUGAGAUGGAAAAUAAUCAGUCCAAGGCUCAACCUGCCAUUCCUCCGAGGCCCAGCAAGGACUUGAUUUUGACCCGCUGCUCCGAGAGCACAAAAAGCAAAAUUAAGUGAGAAAGGAGCUAUGUGGCUUGUUCCUGCGACAUCUCCAAGGGACUUCUUGCUGGUCUUGGCUUCUAGGAUGGUUCUUUCCAGGACUUUGCACCUCUGAAUUUUUAGCAAUGCAUACGGUUAUGUUUCUUGUAAGAUCACUAUCAGUACGUCUAGCAGGGUUUGACCUAGUGGAUUGCAUUAGUCCUUCAGGGUGUGCUUUUUAAUUCUUCUUCCCAUCAUUAAACCUUACGGGCUAGUGACUUGUGUGACUGUAGCAACAUCUUGCAGGAAUGCCUUCGCAGACUGAUCGAGGCCUGAAUGUUUGUAGCCGCCUUGAUCAAUGGGGUAACUGAUACUUUUCAGAAAGAAAUCAUACUGGUAGAUGGGCCUUGUCUAGAGGACUGGAAGUAUCCAUCAAUUUGUCUUAAUUUUUUGAAAUGGAGAGAAUGAAGAAUUGUAUUAAUGCUUGUCAAUCAUAAACCUGAAAGAUCCUCUUACCCUUUAUAUACCCGGUCGAUCACUGCACUCUGCAGGCAAGGGUCUCCUGCAAAUACCAUCUUAUCAGGAGGUCCCUUCUGCACAACAGAAGAACUGGAUGUUUAGUGCUAUGGCACCGACAUUUUGGAAUUCCCUCCCCUUAAAUAUUUGUCAGGCACCAUCUCAUCUUUUUGGCACCUAUUGAAGACCUUUCUCUUUCAACAAGCCUUUUAAGUAGAAACCUUAUCCCAGUCUGCAUCAGUGCUGGAAUUCCUUUUCAAGAUGUUUUAAUUGUUUUGUCAUGUUGUUUUCCACCCUGAGCUCCUAUGGGAGGAAGGGGGGGAUAUAUAUUUAAUAAAUAAAUAGUAAUAAAUAUCCAUAAAUAGAUGUAAAAUACAGGCUCUUUUUUAAACUGUGUUUUUGGUAAACAUCUUCUAUGUUCAAGUAUAUCUAUAUUAACUAAUAGGCAAAAACCCCUUGCAGUUUAAGAACGUACCUAUAGCCAACAGAUAUCUCUAUCAAACUUUAAAAAGCAGGGAAAUUGGGCACCUAUAGUGAAUGCACCAAGGGAGCAGGAGACCUGACCUCCUCUCUGAGAUAUUGGACUGCCCUACAAAUUUGUCAAAAUGCAAACCCAAUUUGGGUUCGUCUUUCACAGUCCAAUCCACUUCCUGUGUAGCUUGGAAGAAUUUGGUAACGUGCCUCUGAGCAUAUGGUGAGUGGUAGCAGGGAGGAAGCAACUAUAUUAAAACAGUUGAUAUAGUUCAGAUAGUCAUUUUAAAUAGAUUUGAUUUACUUUGCCUAUUAGUGAAUUUCUCUGCUUUUUAAUCCAGGAGGUACAAAAUGGGAUCUUGUGCAAGUUUGCUGAGAAUGGAUUGAUCAUUUGCAUGCUUAUUGAGUUCAGUGGGAUUUACUCCCCUGCAAUCAGGUUUAGGAUAGGUGAAACUGACUACAGGGGGAGGGGAGGAGGAGGAAGCAAGAGGGGAGGGAAGGAAGAGGGGAGAAGAGAGAGGAAAGAGGGGAAAGGCAGGUCUGAUCAUUUGCAUGCUUACUGAGUUCAGUGGGAUUUACUCCCAUGCAAUCAUGGUUAGGAUAGGUAAAACUGACCAUGGGAGAGGAAGAGAAGG